AUGGAUAUUUUAGAACUACUUCAUGUAGAAUCUUAUUACAGUGAUACUCGUCCUUUCAGCUGUACCUGGGAAGGUUGUCAUAAAGCUUUCUCAAGAAGAUCUGAUCUUUCUAGGCAUUCCCGAAUUCAUACUAAAGAAAGAUCUUUUACCUGUAGCGAACUUGGUUGUGGUAAAAGCUUUAUUCAGAGGUCUGCUCUUACAGUACAUUUACGGACGCAUACUGGGGAAAGACCUCAUUUCUGCGAAUACCCAGAUUGUAAUAAAUCCUUUUCAGAUAGCAGUUCUUUAGCUCGUCAUAGGCGCAUUCAUGCCGGAAAAUUUCCUUAUAAAUGUCUCAUCGAUGGAUGUGAAAAAAGAAAAACAAAUUUAAUCAAGCAUCAUCGUCAAGUCCAUAUGAUGCCUCACAAAAGUGACCGAACUAUCGAAUGGCCUUCUAUUGAAGACUUUCAAUAUCAACAUUUGCAACAAAAUAUUUCUUUAAACUCAACAUUCCCCCCUCCCUGGUCUUUGCCUGGCAUUCCAACGUUUCAAACAUACCAACAUUUUCAACAAGGACAUUAUACAUCACCUCCAUAUUAUUUUGGUCACGUACAACAAUAUAUGCAUCCUACUCAUUUAAAACAACAAUCUUAUUUUAUGGUUCCUAAUCAUUAUCAUCACUAA